CGUGUGUGUGCGUGGAUGACGGCGCGCGAUCUCACUACCUCACAUCCUCCCUCACGUCGGCGAGCGCCGCUGACCCGGGCCCUCAAACGCGGAAGCGGCAUGGCGUCAGACGGCCACAUCUGUGAGCGCAGGAGAGCUGCAGAGAGGAGACUGAGAGUUAUAAGCGGACAUCUUCACCAGCGGGCCCAGGAUGGACACGCAGCCGUAUCCGCACAGGAGUGCAAAGCCGAGGCGUCCCGAGCCAAUCCCGCUAAAGCCGCCCCGGUGCCGAAGAGAAGACAUGAUAUAAUGAAAUGGAAUGGGUGGGGUUACAGUGAUUCCCGGUUCCUCUUCAACAAAAAAGGCCAGGCAGAAUUUACAGGCAAAAGGUAUCGGUUAAGUGGGCUUAUUCUGCCUAGUCUGAAGGACUGGUUUGAGGGCACGUUUGGGGCCAACCUGCAGCACAAAUCUCCUGCUACACCUGCUUUAAAUGUGAGUGCAGUUCCACCUCCUAAUCUGAACGAGUCAUUUGUGGAGGAGCUAAAGGCAGCAGGUGUGGCCCUGUCACAGGAACCAGAGGACAGAGUGUUUCGAUCUCAUGGGCACUGCCUGCAUGAAAUCUUCGCUCUGCGAGAAGGGAGAAUCAGUAGAGUACCAGACCUGGUAGUUUGGCCAAGUUGUCACAAUGAUGUGGUGAAGAUUGUGGAGCUGGCCUGCAAGCACAAUGUGUGUUUGAUACCAUAUGGAGGUGGAACAAGUGUGUCUAGUGCUCUAGAAUGCCCCCCGGAGGAGACUCGAUCCAUUGUCUCUCUGGAUACCUCUCAGAUGAACCGAAUAUUGUGGAUUGAUGAAAAGAACCUAACUGCCCAUGUAGAGGCUGGAAUCAUUGGCCAGGACCUGGAGAGACAGCUGAAUGAAAGUGGUUACUGCACUGGCCAUGAGCCUGAUUCGAUGGAGUUCAGUUCUCUUGGAGGCUGGGUGGCCACACGUGCAUCAGGAAUGAAGAAGAACAUCUAUGGCAACAUUGAAGACCUGGUGGUGCAUAUAAAGAUGGUGACCCCUAGAGGAGUGAUUGAAAAGAGCUGUCAGGGUCCACGAAUGUCCACGGGACCUGACAUUCACCACUUCAUAAUGGGUUCUGAAGGCACACUAGGUGUAGUGACUGAGGUUACUAUGAAGAUCCGUCCUGUUCCUGAGUAUCAGAAAUAUGGCUCCAUUGUCUUCCCAAACUUUCAGCAGGGAGUUGCAUGCCUACGAGAGGUGGCCAAACAGAGAUGCGCCCCUGCUUCUAUUCGACUGAUGGACAACGAGCAGUUUCAGUUUGGUCAUGCACUUAAGCCUCAAGUUUCCUCCAUUUUCACAUCAUUUUUGGAUGGGCUGAAAAAAUUUUAUAUCACAAAAUUCAAAGGCUUCGAUCCUCAUCACCUGUGUGUGGCCACUCUGCUGUUUGAAGGAGAUCGGGAAAAGGUUUUGCAGCACGAGAAACAGGUUUAUGACAUUGCUGCCAAAUUUGGGGGUCUGGCCGCAGGAGAGGAUAACGGGCAGAGAGGAUACAUGCUCACCUUCGUUAUUGCUUACUUGCGGGAUUUGGGCAUGGAUUACUAUGUGAUAGGCGAGUCAUUUGAAACAUCAGUGCCUUGGGACAGAGUUUUGGACCUGUGCCGGAAUGUAAAGGAGAGGAUAGUGAGAGAGUGUAAAGAGCGAGGAGUGCAGUUCCCCCCACUAUCUACAUGCAGGGUAACACAGACCUAUGAUGCUGGUGCCUGUGUGUAUUUCUACUUUGCCUUCAAUUAUAGAGGACUCAGUGAUCCAAUACAUGUCUAUGAGAACGUGGAGCAUGCAGCCAGAGAGGAGAUUCUAGCCAAUGGGGGAAGCCUGUCCCACCACCAUGGAGUGGGUAAACUGAGGAAGGAGUGGAUGAAGGAGGCCGUCUCCACCGUGGGUCUGGGGAUGCUCAAGUCCGUGAAGGAGUAUGUGGAUCCCAGCAACAUAUUUGGAAACCGAAACCUCCUUUAAUUGAACGCCACUGUAAUACAAAACCUUUUAUUCACUGUUUUUCUAACCACGUCUAGUCAUACUGGAUUAAUUGGCUGGACUAAGGCUUAAUAUGUGCUAAUUUCUACACAUAUAAAAUAGGCAGUGAUUUAUUUUCAUUGAUGUUGACGUCUGAGAUUCCAUUCCAAUUCUGUACUGCAGAACUCAUCAAAAGAGUGGAUACUUUCCCGUCCUGUCAGAUUACUCCCUUCUUUUCCUCAUUUCUCCUCUCCUGUCCUCCUGUUCUGUUGUUUUGUGUAUAAUAUCGUGAGCAAGGUGAAAGUUAAAAUGAGUCAAAUUCUUUUUCUUAUUACUGUUAAUUCCAUUUCACAAGCCCAUAGACUGCCAUAGAGGAAUUGACUGGCUCAGAAGGAGUUGAGUCAAGGAACUUGACUAAGAAAAGCUUAUUAAAUAGAGAACCUAGUUACCCAUUUCUAUAUUAAAGCUAUUUUUUAAUUUCUCACUGAUCUUGCCAACAUUGGGUUGAUUUAUCUUUUGAUAUAGUAAAUGUAAGGAUGUUCCUGUAUAGUGUGUGUUGAAAUGCGCUUUCUAAAGCAGUGUGCCUUCUCUUGCUCUGUCUGUGUGUGGGUAUCUGCCUUGCCUUCCUUUGCCUCACUCCUUUUUUUUAAGAGUGACUCCAAAAUAUUCACUGUCUCUUCCAACAGCUCCUUUGUAUCUGCCAGUGUUUCCUUACAACUUACCUUUUGCCUUUUCUACCAGUCCAUAUGAACUGUUUUGCCAGGGUUUGACAUUUUCUCUAAAGCCCCAUAAGAUUUCUUUUUUAAAUCUUUGUAGACGUGCCUCUGUUCAGUGCACUGAAAGAAACACAUAUAUAGAGUAACAUUUCUUACCCUGCUACUGCAAAGUAGGAGAAACUCCCCUGGCAUGGUGAAGUGACAUCUCAUGAACCCUUUUGUCUCUUCACUAUGAGCUUUAUCAAAACAUGAUGUCUUUGGAUGGAAUCGUUUGGGUUCAGUUUGUUAGCGAUUCAGUGUGAAGAUGCAAGACCCCUCUCUUGUUCCUACCAAAGACUCUCAGCUUCUCCAACCUAUCCAUUGCAGGCCAAAUUACUUUGAGUGUAUGCAUACGUACACCUGUAAAUUGUGUAUAUAAGGAGCACAUGCAUAUAUAUGUUAAUAUAUUUAAUAUCUGACCAUCAAAGAUUCCUCAUGACAAAAUAUAUAUAUAUAUAUAUUUUUUUUGUCUGAUUUGUUUUCAACAUGACGUAUGCAAAAGGCCAGAAAUGAUCUUGACGUGGAUCUCAAACAUGUCAAUAUUAGUGACUGUUACUUUGUCAUCCUAAUGUUCAUCCACGUAAAUAAAGAUAAGCCUGGGUGCGGACGUUAAGUGAAUACUUGUGGAUUUUCAGUUCCUCUUUGAAAAGGUGCCUGUCUAGUGUUUUGUUUUUUUGUUUUGUUUUUUUGUUUUGUACACCCCCCCACCCUCAAAAGAUUAAUAAUUUCUGAUGUCUACAUCUUGUUCUCAUAAGAGUUGCUUAUGAUUUCUUUUAAUUCUGAAUCUAGUUUAUUUUGCUUCCUGUCCUCAUUUAAUUAAGCCAUUAAUUAACCCUUAAGCCGAACCUAAGCCUUUCUAGACCAUGGUAUACUGCUGUAUGGUGCUAGAGUAAGAUGCAACAUUACUGAUGUCAAGUUACUGAUUUUUGUUUCUUGUAAAAUCUCAGCAUUGCACACUAUUGUAACAGUCCAGCCAUCCAUCCUGUGGUGAUUUGUGGACAUCACAUUCAUGUUACAAAUGUCAACUAAAGAAUUUGCAACACCAGACUGCUUUCCUGGCCUUCUGAUCCACUGCACUUGUUGAACAAGACAUUGCUCAGUGAGAAAGGGAGUAUGGAAGUCUUUAUGGAUGUUCAAAACCUCAUGGAAGCCCUUCUGUCUACUUCUCCAACUUUGCUCUGUGAAACACUGAAUGAAGGAAAUGUCUGGCCUUGUUUGCCCCCUAAACAUUUUCUGAACAGUUUCAUUCACAGUAGUCUGCUCAUGCUAUUUCACCAAAACAACCUACGAAUGUUCUGGAUGCUCCUUUUGUCUUUCUGCGGUUUCCUUGGUAGCGUGUUUAACAUCAGAGUACAUUUUGUCAAUGCUGUUUGUGCAAUAAAUUAACAUAUAAAAAGCAA